AUGUACACGCAAGCGAUCAAAAUGCCGGUUCAGAAGGAUUCAAAUAUCGUGAAAAUUGCCGUCCAAAUGACCGAUCAGGUGCCGCAGCUCAUCGAGUUCAAUCAGAAGCAACCUCUAGCCGGAAUUAUUCAAGAAUUGUGCAAUGGUUGGGGUUUAUCUGAUGCAGAAUCAUAUUCCUUACAAUUUUCGGAAAAUAAUAAUCAGAAUUAUAUUACGGAGAAAAACAGAAACGAAGUGAAGAAUGGUAGUAUUCUCAGAUUAGAGUUUUCACCCUCAAAAACGGCGAGUGAUAUUUUGGCCAAGCUGAAUAAUGGGACGGUAGAAGAAAAAGUAGCAGCUCUGCAGAAACUGAGCACGCUUAGCAUAGACAUGACUUUUGCAUUAGAAUUUAUAAACAAGAAAGGAUUGGCGUUAAUCAUUUCACAGGUAGAAGGUGGAAAAUAUAAGGGAAAUACUCUAGCAUAUUCUCUCCAAUCAUUUGUGGAAUUGAUGGAUCAUGGAAUUGUGUCAUGGGAUAUCUUGGAAACACCAUUUAUCAAUAAAGUAGCAAGUUAUGUGAAUAAUCAGUCGGUAACUCAAGACACCAGUAUAGUGGAAGCUUCUCUGAGUAUUUUAGAGAAUAUAGUCCUGAAUUCAACAGGGAAAUAUGGACAAGUUGAGAAGGAAGUCACUUUUCCUAAUCUUGUAAUGCAUUUGCAGUGCAUGAAUCCACAAAUUCAACAAAACGCAAUAGCUUUAAUAAACGCGCUGUUUCUGAAAGCUGAUUUAUAUAAAAGACGAGCGGUUUCUGCCACAUUACAAUCUAAACAAGUCAGAAAUGUGUUCUUGACAAAUGUCAUACAAUCUACUGGACAGGUUGGAGCAGAAAUGGCACAUCAACUCUACGUUCUGCAGACGUUAAUAUUGAGUCUUUUGGAACAACGAAUGAUGACGAAGAUGGAUCCACAGGAUCAAGAUGCACAUGACAAAAUCAAGGAACUUCGAAGAAUCGCCUUUGACACUGAAGGUGCGAAUAGUGGGGAUGUGACUGCUCGCAAACAGGGACUUUUCGCUAAAGAUUAUAAGAAAUUGGGCUUCAAGUAUGACAUCAAUCCUGCUCUUGACUUUACCGAGACUCCACCCGGUAUGCUUGCGCUGGACUGUAUGGUGUACUUUGCUCGAAAUCAUACUGAAGCUUACACAAAAGUUGUUCUCGAGAAUUCGUGCAGAGCGGACGAGCAUGAAUGUCCUUUCGGCAGAACAAGCGUAGAACUCGUUAAAUUGCUCUGCGAGGUAUUACGUAUUGGCGAGGCACCUAGCGAACAAGGUCAAUCUUAUCACCCAAUGUUUUUUACACACGAUCAUCCCUUUGAAGAGUUUUACUGUGUUUGCAUAGUUUUGUUAAAUAAAACAUGGAAGGAAAUGCGAGCGACUACGGAAGAUUUCGUUAAAGUUUUCUCGGUCGUGCGCGAACAGAUUACUAGGGCGCUUCUAUGCAAGCCUACAGGAUUAGAUAAAUUCAAAAAUAAGUUGCAACAGCUGCCCUAUUCGACGAUCACUAACCUUUGGCAACAGGAAAGGACGAACAGAGAGGAAUGGGAAAGCCAUGCAAGACCAAUCGUUGAACUUAGAGAACAGAUCACACCUGAAAUCUUAGAACUGAUUCAGCAGCAACGAUUAGGAUUUUUGGUGCAAGGUACCAGGUUUAUGAAGUACAGCGCUAGAGGACAACGAAUUAAGGAUAAAUUUUGGUACGUCCGUUUAUCGCCAAAUCACAAAGUCUUCCAUUACGGAGACUGCGAUGAAAAAUCAGUGCCAACGAUAGAUGAACUUCCUACAAAACUAGCGGUAGUCGAGAUUCGAGGAUUACUAACUGGCAGAGAUUGUCCGCACAUGAAGGAUUUGCAGAGGCGAAAAACUACGCACCAAUUGGCAUUUUCUUUAGCCUUGGACUCUGUUGAAGUAUCUAGUCUCGAUUUCGUUGCUCCUGACGAACAAGUUUUCGAUUAUUGGACUGACGGCAUUAAUGCUUUACUCGGAAAUAGAAUGACUAGUAAGGAGGCUGAAAAUGAUUUAGAGACUUUACUCUCCAUGGACAUUAAAUUAAGACUUUUAGAUGCUGAAGGAAUUGAUAUUCCACAGGAUCCACCCGUGAUUCCUGAACCGCCGCCAAAUUAUGAUUUUUGUUAUGAAUUAAAGUAAAUUUGUGAGUUGUAUCUAUCUAUAUAGUUUACAUUAAUAAUUUUUUAUUAAGGAUCGGCAGGAGUAAUGGGCUAAUAAGAUUAUUUAUUCUUUACUUAUAUAUAAUUAUCUGUACAGAUACAGAUAAUUGAGUUCAACUAUAUUUCAUCUCGUGAAAACAAUAUUUUAAUAUAAAACUUUUUUUAUGUGUUUGUUAUAAAACUAUGAAGUUUGCUACAAUGCCAGAUUUUGCAAUUUAAAUAAUUAUAAUAUUAUAAAUAAUUAUUUCUUAUCUGUAGGUACUUAUUUGAAUUUACUUACAUUUCAUCUCGUAAAAAUAAUAUUUUUAAGACUUUUUUUACGUAUUUAUCAUGAAGCUACAUAGGUUGCUACAAAGCUGGAUUUUUCAAUUUGAUUCUUAAAAAUUUUCAAUAAAUAAAAAUCUGUAUUUUAUAGUGCAAAUCUAGUUACAUGUCAAAUAAAUUAUUCAUUUUUGAUUUUUUUUUUAAAUCGCUCUAUAAAGAUCUACAGUAAUUCUCCUAAUUAUAAAUAUUACAAUUACAUUGCAAAUUUCUCAAUAUUUUAACUGUAAUAUAGGUGAACAGGAAUUCAUCUAAGAGAUCUCUAUAAUCUCUUCUGCCGAUCCUCAAAACAUUGAUAUUUUUCUAUAAACGAGAAAUAUCGUUUUUUUUAUAUUUUUUCUCAUCUUUUACAUAUGUUAUUAACAUAGAUGGAAAUUUUUCUAUCUAAAUCGUAAUUUUCUAUUGUGCAUUUUAAUCAUAUAGAAAACAGUAGUACAUCUUACCAAAGAAGCAUUUUAAAUUUUAUAUAUGUGUAGUUUUUUUUAUGUAUUUAAGAAAUUAUUUAUACAAAAAUGAAAAUCAUAUAUAAAGAUGACCCUUCAUCAUAAUUAUGUUAACAAUCUUUUUAUAAUAAUUUAAUUAUCUUUUAAUAAUAUAAGAGUGUCGUAAUAUAUAUU